AUGGCGGACCUUGGGGACUCUUCAAAUCUUCAAGAAAUGAUCAAUCAUCAGCAACCCUUGUCAUUGAUGGUCGAACUCAAGUGGACGACAGCCGGUGUUAGCUUGCAUACAGUGCAUUCGGGACAUAACAGAAAACAGAUCACUGGCUCUCAGGCGAGAUUCAGACGAAGUGUGCCGGUGUCGGAAGAAUUAGAAUUUUACAAGUUAGUCAAUAAGAUAGAUCCCGUGGCAUUAAAACUUUUGAUGAGCAAUAUCACAGAAGAGCCGCAUGUGCUCACCACUCCUAGCCGGCACUGCUGUUAUAAUGGAGGAACUUGUAAUAUCCCAAAUGAUGAUCCCGAGGAGAGAUGGUGCUCCUGUCUUUCUAAUUUCACGGGCCGUUACUGUGAAAUAGAUGUGAACGAAUGUCUCUCUCCGGGAGCAUGUUCUGAACAUGAAGUAUGCAAGAACACGUUUGGAAGCUACAAAUGUUUUUGUGAAGAGGGGUUCGUAAGAGAUGGUUACAAGUGUGUUCGUAAAACUAAUUGCUUGGAAGAUCCCUGCCUGAAUUUCUCUGACUGCUUUGACAGAGAAGAUGGGAGAAUAACUUGCAUCUGUAGAUUAGGAUAUGUGGGAAAACGAUGUGAAAAAAAAAUUAUGGAAUGUGAUGAAACAUCGUGUAACGAAGGCGAAGUUUGUGUUGCUACUCCAAAAGGCUUCCAGUGCGUACAAAUUCCAUAAUUCCAUAAUUCUCCAAUUUAUUGC